ACACACACACACACACACACACACACACACACACAGCAGUCACUGAUCAUACACACACCGAGCAGUCUCUGCUCACACACACUGAUCUUACACAUACAGAGCAGUCACCCCCCCUCCCCUCCAGCCACCGGACCUCUCAUUACACAGCUCAACACCCAAUACCACUUGAAGCUAUGGUAGCGAAAUCCGAAAGUCCCUGUAGUGAUCGGUGUCUGUGAGUCGGUGCUGGGGAGGCGAGGUACCCGGGACAGCAGCGUGCAGGUGAGGCGGAGGGCGGACGGGGAGUCGCUGGGCUAGGAGUGCUGCUGGUACAGAUCUGCACUUUCUCCCUCUCUGCCCGCCGCGCACUCCGAUUGGCUGAGGCUCUGACAGCUAAGCGUUCUAUUGUAAGGAGGAAGCCACGCCCCCCACCAGGGCCCUGGGACCAUUGAUAAAACUCUAUGCAAGUUCUGUACUAGCCCUGAAACCCGGCCAGUGCGAGACAGGAGGGCACGCAGCGCCCUGUGCCACCUCUGCCACCUCUGCCACGCCGGCCUCAUUACACAUUGCCAUGGAUUGCCGCCACCGGGAAUAAGUGUGUAAGGAUUGGCUGUGCAGACAGGAGCCCCGGAUACGCCUCCAAGAGGGGAAGAAGAAGAAGGAGGAAAAGAAGAGUAAAAGUAGUGAGGAAGGGGCCAUGCAUAGGAGGCUCAGCCUAGCGCUGCACCUGGGCUCACUCUGGGCGCUGUGACACCGCAUCUCCACGCAGACUUACUCUAUACUGGCACUGCUCACCGGCCUGACUGGCGCAGCAGCAACACCCUGAGAGGUCAGCACCAUCUGCCCACCCCGCACACUGACCCCCCGCCUCCUAGUGUGGCACUGACACAGGGCAUCUGUCUGUCACACUGACUUCCACGGGGCAAAGCAUUGGAUCCCUCAGCGUACUGCGACCCCCCGGUGUACAGCCCGGACCUGUGCCCAAACAUGAUCGCUGCCCAGGCCAAGCUGGUCUACCAGCUGAACAAGUACUACACGGAGCGCUGCCAGGCCAGGAAGGCGGCCAUCGCCAAGACCAUCCGAGAGGUGUGCAAAGUGGUGUCCGACGUGCUGAAGGAGGUGGAGGUGCAGGAGCCGCGCUUCAUCAGCUCCCUCACCGAGAUCGAUGCCCGCUACGAGGGCCUGGAGGUGGUCUCUCCCACCGAGUUCGAGGUGGUGCUCUACCUCAACCAGAUGGGGGUCUUCAACUUCGUGGAUGACGGAUCCCUGCCGGGCUGCGCGGUGCUGAAGCUGAGCGACGGCCGCAAGCGGAGCAUGUCCCUCUGGGUGGAAUUCAUCACGGCCUCCGGCUACCUCUCCGCCCGGAAGAUCCGCUCCCGCUUCCAGACGCUGGUGGCCCAGGCCGUGGACAAGUGCAGCUAUCGGGACGUGGUGAAGAUGAUCGCGGACACCAGCGAGGUCAGGCUGCGGAUCCGGGAGCGCUACGUGGUGCAGAUCACCCCGGCUUUCAAGUGCACUGGCAUCUGGCCCCGCAGCGCGGCGCAGUGGCCCCUGCCACACAUCCCCUGGCCCGGCCCCAACCGGGUGGCCGAGGUGAAAGCGGAGGGCUUCAACCUGCUCUCCAAGGAGUGCUACUCCCUGACCGGCAAGCAGAGUUCCGCGGAGAGCGACGCCUGGGUGCUGCAGUUUGCAGAGGCCGAGAACCGCCUGCUGAUGGGCGGCUGCAGGAACAAGUGUCUGUCCGUGCUGAAGACUCUGCGGGACCGGCACCUGGAGCUCCCGGGGCAGCCGCUCAACAACUACCACAUGAAGACCCUGCUGCUGUACGAGUGCGAAAAGCACCCCCGGGAAACAGACUGGGACGAGGCCUGCCUAGGGGACAGACUGAACGGCAUCUUGCUGCAGCUCAUCUCCUGCCUGCAGUGCCGCCGGUGCCCGCACUACUUCCUGCCCAACCUGGACCUCUUCCAAGGUAAGCCCCACUCUGCCCUGGAGAGUGCGGCCAAGCAGACGUGGAGGCUGGCCCGGGAGAUACUCACCAACCCCAAGAGCCUGGAUAAGCUAUGAGAGCCUGGGAUGCUGCCACACUCAUUCAUGGUGCAAGGACAGAGACCUGGCACAGCCCUGGCAUGUGGGGGGCCAUAUACCCCACUUCCAGCCAAAGCCAUGGAAGACCACAUUCCACUGACGGCCACUGCAAGCCACAGGACAUUGCAUCAGGGAGACUGACUUCCACUGCAAGCCACAGGACAUUGCAUAGGACAGAUGAGUGGAGUACACACAUUCCCAAUCUCCCCACGCACACUCAGACUGCUCUGCUGUAUCCGAAAGUAACAGGACGCUGCAGCACACCAGGAGUGCAUAAAAAGUUAUGGUCAAUUCCCUCUAUAUAUCUUUUUCUUCACUUUAUAUAUUAUAUAUAUUACAAACACAUAGCACACUCAAAUACUAAAUGCACUUGCAGAUCACUAAACAGGCAGGGGAUUCCGAAUUAUCACUUGAAUGAUUCUAGCAAUAACUUAUACCAAUUGACUGAUAGAGGCACACGGCUAAUGAUCACUGUUUAACUCAUUGGUGACAAGGGAGUCACUACUAUGGCUUAGCCGGGGCUCUUCACUCCCCUGUCACUAAAAUGUAACUGAAAUGUACUGGGUACAAAAUGUUAAUUAUUAUUUGAUUUUAUUUAAGUCCUACAUUUAAUGCAACGUCAGACAUUUUUACAAGGCUGGUUUUAAAAAUGAAUUCAAAGCAAAAAGCAUUGAUCACAACUUUUUCCAAACUCCUACAUACAAUAUUUCACGGGGCCACCAGACACCAGAGACUGUAAAGCGAUCCCAGCUCACUGUAGCUAUGUCUAAAAGAAAUCUGCUUCACUAGGUGCUCUUGGGCUAAUUGGGAACACAGAGCCAUUCCUUUGUCUACGUUUGGCAGUACCAUUACUGAUGUGUAAUGAGAAGUAAGAGUGGACCAGGCUUUAGCACCCUUCAAAGGGAUUGUGUUUUUCUCUAUAGAGUUGAGACAUAAAAUGACAUUUCGUUGCACGAGAGGGGAGGUAGGGGGGACCUUCUCCUUCCAAACAAUGUGAAUCAAGUCACAAGAGAAGCAAUCGGACUUAAGAAAAUUGGAGGUACAUUUUCAUAUAAAAUGUAGCAAUUUUCUUUUUUUUUAUUUUGCCUGAAUGUUUGUCACAAAGUGAACAAAAAAUUAUUUAAACUAUAUAUGUACAAAUUUCUCUUUAAAAAGUUUACCGAUGUUAAAUGUAUUUUAGUGCCAACGUCAGACUGCGGUCUGCAGCUGACACAUUGAAACCUGAAGAAGAAUAAAAAAAAAAAAAAAUGCUUUAAGUUCAGACCAGUUGUCUUGUUGGCUGUGAUCGGUGGAGAAGUGAUUUGUAUGUGGAUGAGUGAGAAUGUCCUGAGUAUCCUUUCCGUUGGGUAUGCGUAAUUACAAUGUUUCACUUUCUAGCACUUGUAAUUAUAUCGUUUUAAUCUACUCAGUAAAGAGCCCAAUUAUACACGAAUCUUCUAAUUCUCCUGACUGUAAUACGAACUAAAUUAUUGUUUAGUAGAGAUUAUCAACUCUAUAUUGCACGAAAUAUCAGCAGCACACCGGUAAAAAAAAAAAAAAAAAUGCUCCCUUGUAAUCGGGAUCCGUGCUAGCCGACCGACCAAGGCCCGGGAGUCUUAAAUACAAUUAAACACAUUACAACUAGUAUUCAGAAUAUUUAAAAAUGGAUUGCAUUGAGAUGGAAGGAAAUGCAAUGUUAACGAAUCGUUUUACUGCACAUUACUUGCCGAUUUGAAAUGAAUGUUAUGUCUUUUUUUUA